UUAUCAGAAGUAUCUGACUCAUUGAUUAGAGCCAAAUUCUUCAUGAAUAACUUUGUUAUUAUCACUAAAUGAGUGGAAUAAUUCGCAAACUAUUUUUGCUUGAAUUAAUAAACUUAAAUCUUAUUCAUAAGAUUUAAUCGCAUUACUUAAAAAUUGUGUGCUUUCUUUUGAAUUGACAAAAGUUGUCUCACUUUCAGAUUAUCCCGCAUUUUAUAUUCAGACUCUUCUAUAGAUAACUUUGCAUAAAACUUAGCUUAUUCAAAGAAAAUGGCUUCUGGUGAGAUGCAUGACAACAAUUUUGAAGACCUCUCUGAAUCCAAAAAUGCUGUUGAUAAAAUCCUUUUACAGCCCUUCAAUUACAUUCAACAAGUGCCUGGAAAACAAAUUCGAACCAAACUAACUAAGGCUUUCAAUCACUGGCUAAAAAUUCCUAUGGAUAAAUGUCGAGAAAUUGGAGAAAUUGUCCAAAUGCUUCACAAUGCUAGUCUUUUAAUCGACGACAUAGAAGACAAUUCCAUUCUAAGAAGAGGUGUUCCAGUUGCCCACAAUAUCUUUGGGGUAGCCAGUACCAUCAACUCUGCAAACUAUGUUUACUUCCUAGGAUUGGAGAGGACACUCAAAUUAGGACACCCAAAAGCAACUACUGUCUUUACCGAGCAGUUGCUGGAGCUUCACAGGGGUCAGGGCAUGGAGAUUUAUUGGAGAGACAGCUACAUUUGUCCCUCUGAACAAGAAUAUAAAGAAAUGGUCAAACGAAAAACUGGUGGUCUGUUUGGACUGGGUGUCAAAUUAAUGCAGCUUUUUAGUGAUAACCAAAGUGACUUUACCAAGAUUAUAGCCAUCAUGGGACUCUAUUUUCAAAUCAGGGAUGACUAUGCUAAUCUCCAAUCUAAAGAAUACACUGAAAACAAGAGCUACUGUGAAGAUUUGACGGAGGGUAAAUUUUCAUUCCCUGUCAUUCAUUCAAUUCGAAGUAAUUUAGAUGAUCCUAGAAUUAUGAAUAUAGUGAGGCAGAGAACCUCAGAUGUAGAAAUAAAAAAAUAUGCCGUUGAACUGAUGGAGAAGAUAGGAUCCUUUGAGUACACUAGAAAUAUUCUCAAAGAAUUAGACAUCCAGGCUAGGAAAGAAAUUGAAGACUUGGGACACAACUCUUUCCUCGUCAGCAUUCUGGAUGAGCUGAAGUUGUGGUAGGAGAUACCCAGCAUCUUUAAUAUUAAGUAUUUGGGUUAGAUGAUCACUUGCGUUCAUCUAUUAAAUGUGUCCUUUUCAUCCUCAUUUAAUAUGAUCUACGAUGGAAUUUCAUUCAAAUAUUUUUCUGAUUGUGUUGAGAGUUGUAUAUGUAUGAAUAUGGAUCAUUAGUACUGUGCUAUUGUUAAACAAACAUCUUUAGUAGAUCGAAAAAGAAUACAUUCAAACAAUUAUUCAUUUUAAUAUACAUGCUUGUUUGUUAUUUAAAUAUCAAAAUUUGAAAUUCAAUAUUGUUUUUUUUUAAUAUUUUGCAUAACUGAAGAUUAUUGUUUAUUAAUGAUCCUUUUGUUGGAUGAAAACUGCUUUGAUUCCAUAACCUGGUCGACAGUUGCACAUAUCAGUGUGUUAUUUUGUCUAAGAAAUGAUCCGCCUAAUUUUAAUCUAGAUAAGUAUAUGCUGUUGAGCUACAUUUCAGGUGUGUUCUAAAACAUGCAUUAUGCAGGUUUUCAUUCUACGUUUUUUUCCUUGAAGGCAAGCUUGUCUGACUGCAGUUUUUUUUUUUUUUUAAACAUACAUUUUUGAUUGAGUGCAACUACUGAGGACUGAUCCUAGAUAAGGAUGAGUCGAUAAUGAGACCGUUUUUAUCUUGUAACAUCUAAUUGAACUGAUAUGUUUUUUCAAAUGUCAACAUUAAGAAAUAGCAUUUAUUUGAAGUAUGGACUUUUUGUGUGUUGUAACUGCUAAAAUAGUGUUUGACCUAAAUACAAUUAUUUAUUUUUUUAAAUAUGAAAUGUAGCUUCUUUUCUGACAUCCUUAAUUACUUCCUGUACAAUUAAAAUAUUUAUCUGCAGCUUCGAUUAAAAACCUUGUGUUUUUAUUUCAAUAUUUCAUAACUAAUAUGUAAACAUUGCUUUAUACUACCAAAUGUAAGAUACUUUUGAAGAAAAAAAAAUUUCAAUGCUAAAAUGUAUUUAUUUUUUUAAAUUUUGUUUUUUGAGAAGACUGUGCUAGUAUUAGGUUACUUCAUAGAUAACUUUAGGUGCUUUCUGUAGUUCACUAUUGUGUUUAAAAUGUUCACAUUACAUAUAUAAAUAAUUUACUGAUGAAUCAGCAGGAAUGAUCUUUUAAAAAAAAAUUUUAUAAGCUUAUUUGUUUAAUAUGCAAGUUGAAUAAAGUUUUUUUAAUCAAUAAAUGCCUUGUUAAAACAUUAUCUUGGUUACAAAAUUUAUUUAAAUGAGGAAGACACAUUUGUUUCUUGUGGUUACCAUAAAAUUUGCUUGCAACAAUUUAAAUCAAAUCGAAAGUGUUAUUUUUUUCCCUGAAGUAUUCAUCAUAUUUCAUAUUUAACAAACUCUUAGUAUUAUUUGUGACACCAAUUCAUAUUUUGUUAUUUGUUUCAUUUUGUGUUUAAAUUAAACAAGUCUUGUUUUUUUUAUCUACAUUGAAAGCUUUUCUUAUUUUAUUUUUUUAACGCUUCGACCUUUUUUUGUUUUUAUAGAAACAUUGUGUUUAGUAUUGCACACAUAGUAUUCUUUUUUUAAUACUCAUUAGUGGGUAUUAGUAAUGGGUGAAAAUGCAAUACGCUUUUGUUAUUUAUUUUUUUCUCACUUUAUCAGAUGCCAAAGAUUAUAAAUCUUUUACUUUAUUUGUGUACUGCUUUCAUUUUGUAUGUGAAUAUGAGCAAACAUCUUAAAUAACUUUUAUUUGAGUUAUCAGAUUUUGCUCAAGUGCCUAUUUUAAUGUUCUAUUCCUUUUAAUACAUAACUUUUUCGACCAUUGUUAAACAAAAUAAUGAAGAAAAGAUUAAGUUCAUUUUUUAGAUAGAAUUAUCUUUUAUCUAUAUUUAAAUAAGCAAAUUUUAUAAUUGUCUGCAAAAAUUUCAUUUGGUCCAUUAUAAAAGUUCUCAAGAUAUCGAUAAAAAUUCAAAAAGUAAAAUGAAUAUGAAAUGGUCCAAACUUUCAACUGUUCUCCUAACUAAACUCUUAAGACAUUCUGUACAUUUUGAUAGUCAAGAAUUGAAAUGUUUUUGCGUCUGAUUCCCCCAACAUAAUUAAUAGUUGGCACUCAUUAAUCAGCGUUAUGGAGCUUGAAAUUUAGAAUUAUAAUUGGUUUUUUGUAAGUGGAAAUGAGGUUAAUAAAAUAAUAAUAAUAAAAAUUCUUUAUCCCUUGUGUUAUUUUUUUUUCAUUAUUGUAUCUUAUAUUCGUCCAGCCUAUAGUUCUAUAGAAAUAAAUAUAAAUUAAACAAUUUCAUGUUGAGCACAUAAGUAAAUCUGAAAGGUAGGCUUAUAGUUUACUAAUCUUUUUGAUUAUCAUCUUGAAAGCGAUACUGUUUCAUUGAGGAACCAUUAUUGGUUUUUCUCAUUUCAGAACUCUAUCAUUUUGUAAAAAAAGAGAGCUGAAUAUUAACUAAAAACAUUUAUUUAUUUAAAAGUUAAUGUAAGGAUUUGUUGUUCUUUUAUAAAAUGCUUCCAAUAUUUAAGUAUUUUUGAAACUUUUCCCAAGAUUAUAUAUUUUUUAAAUAUUUUCAUUUUAAGAACUGUGAUUAUCAUUGGAUUUUUUUCUUCUAAAUAUCAUUCUUUCUUUCUCUCCUUCAAAAUUUUAAUUUAUUCAAAACUAAUAGUUUAUGAAGAUGUUAGAGCUUAAAUGCUUCAAUUGUCUUUAUCACUCCAAUAUAUUUGUUCCAAUUACUAUGUGAUGCCUAGUCCCCCAAUGGUCUUCUAAAAAAAAAUGUGUGCAUUGCUAAUGUAAAUAGAAUGUGAUGAAGCAAGUUGCACAUUUUGCCAUUUUUUAGUAUUAGAUGUUAAAUGAUUAUUAGUAGUAAUAUUCAUAUUGGUUUUGAACAACUCAAUAAAAACUAUUUUUUACAUUCUC